CAGCGUUGUGUCCACAGAGUGCGUCCAUCACAUGAGGGAUGGUGGGAGUCAUGUGCAGGAGACGACUUCAAUCAUACAAUACAUAUUUACACUUCUGCUUGCUUGGUUGAUGUGGGUAAUGCAGCAGGUUCCAGCCAAACGAUCACUAUCAGAACCAGAAGGGCGAAUGCAUCCUUUCGUCGUGUGUUGAUUAACCUUCCCUUGACUUCGUGCAUCGACUAGUCAGGUCUGGUAUACAACCGUGGUGGGUCGGUGUGCCGUGCGCCAAGCAGUCGCCGCUGGCUCGUUUUUUUUUUAGUGGCGUGCUCUUUGUCGCUAUAUUUUCUUUUCAUCUGGUACUAAUUUGAAGUUUUCCCAAACGAUUCCGCCAUGGGGAAAAAGGAAGAGGAGGAAAUUAUCCGGAUUGCGAAGAAAAUGGAUAAAAUGGCGCAGAAGAAGAGCGGGUCUGGAGCGCUGGACCUGCUCAAAGAGCUCCGCAGUGUCCCCAUGACUCUGGAACUACUUCAGUCGACGAGAAUCGGAAUGUCUGUCAACGCCAUCCGCAAGCAAAGCACAGACGACGAGGUGACCUCCCUCGCCAAGUCUCUAAUCAAGUCCUGGAAGAAGCUCUUGGACGAACCUGGAGGUGGAGACAAAUCCUCAGAGGACAAACGGAAAGAACAAAACUCACCUGUUAUGUCUCCAUCACAGGGCAGCCCAGAGGCAAAAGAAGAAAGCUCCAGUAGUAACUCCAGCAGCAAGUGCGAUCCGGUCGACAUGGCGUCCAACUCACUCAUCAACACCUUCCCUCGGGCCCCCGGUACCUCUGACUCAGUCAGGAUCAAGUGCAGGAACUUGCUGACUGCUGCACUGCAGACGGGGGAGGACCAUAUUGCCAUUGGCUCUGAUUGUGAUGAGCUUGGAGCACAGAUUGAGGAAUGCAUCUUCCAAGAGUUCAAGAACACGGACAUGAAAUACAAGAACCGCGUGCGGAGCCGGAUCUCCAACCUGAAAGACGUGAAGAACCCCAACCUGAGGAGAACGGUGCUGUGUGGCAAUGUGUCGCCCGAGCGCAUGGCCGGCAUGAGUGCAGAGGAAAUGGCCAGCGACGAGCUGCGAGAGAUGAGGAAGAACUUGACCAAAGAGGCGGUGCGGGACCACCAGAUGUCCACCACUGGAGGCACUCAGACCGACCUGUUCACCUGUGGCAAGUGCAAGGGGAAGAGAUGCACCUACACGCAGGUCCAGACCCGCAGCGCUGAUGAGCCGAUGACCACCUUCGUCUUUUGCAACGAUUGCGGAAGCAGAUGGAAGUUCUGCUGAAUAUGCAAGCAAGCUCCUUGGCGUUUGGAAGCAGCAAAGAACCUUGACAAGGAUUGUGGCUUUCUGCAACAGAUCUGAACUUUGUGGUAUUUGGUGCAUAAGUCACCAUAUAUACACCACUAUUUUUAUUUGAAUAUAUUGUUUAUACGUGCAUUUUAUUGUCUAGCGCCCCCAAAACACUCAAACUCUUCUACUUGUUUUUAGCUAUUUUUCACUGUUAAACUGUACACAGUCGAUUUUAGCAGCAGUAUCUUUUUUAUGUAGUUUCAACUUUUUUUUAUUGACACAUAAAUUACAUUUACUACUGUUUCGCUCUCCCCUCACAAGGAUGUUUUAUUUAAUGCCAAUAACAACUUUAAUCCAUUUGAUUAAAAAAAAACAUUUCCUAA